CAUGUUUUUGCAAAUUUGCAUUCAGGAGGUGUGUGAUUGUUGUUUACCGAUUUUACUUUAAUAAAACUACUGAAAGUAUAUAGUACUACUAUUUUAGUUCUUUUAAAAUACCUGAGGAAUUGAGGAUGUAUUGUCAUCUCUGUCACACGGAGGCGCCACCCUCCCAUGACAGUAGCUCGGGACACCGGGCUGCUCGGGAGCUUAUCGCUGCUGCCUUGGACAGACUGAGUAACCAUCUAUCUGCUGGAGACUCUGCUGAAGGUUUCAAUGCAUCAUCCGAGGCGGGGACAGACACGUCAACAAAAACUCCAGAAGCAGUCAGCUUCUGUGAUACCUGCAACACUGUGUAUGCUAUCAACGAACAAACUUCGCACUACAAACAGAAGAAGCAUGCCUUGGCAGUGCUUAAUGAGCAGACGUUUGAAGAGCUAGUACAAGCGUACAUCGGCGAGGAACCAAAACCGGAGACACCGAGCGAAGCGAGCGAGGAUGUGGCGUUUGUUGACAAGACAGAAGCUGUCAACACGUACACCUGUCACCUAUGCGCUCUCGAUAUCCCCCUUACGUUCCGAACCGAGCACGAGCACGGUCCCCGUCACCGCGCGAACCGAACGUUCGCGUUCGCCGCCGCGCGCCGCGCUCGCGACAUGUUCGCGAACGCUGACACAUGUGGGGAGAACAAGUUUAGCGGGAAAAUGAUGAAGAAACUGCUGAAGAUGUACACUGGGGAUGAAAAUAUUGGUACUGAGAAUAUAGAAGAUGUUAGAGAAGAACCGGAGCCAUCCAACCCAGAAGACUCGCCGAGAGAACCAAAAUUGACUCCCAAACAAUAUUUUACCGACGUUCUGCCUUACUUACCUUACGUCGGCACUUUUAACACUCUAUACAUAGACAACACUGAAUUUGUAACCAUCCAAAUUGGUUCAGAAACUCUUAAAAUCCAUGUAAAUAAUUUAAACGGGUUAUAUAAUGUAGAUGGGAAGGAAGGUUAUUAUAUGAACUGUAGACUCUGUGACGAGUUUUCUACGUACUAUCCUUCGGUGGGGGAGCAGGAUAAACAACAUAUUUUGUCGCUGGGACAUGUGAAGAAUGUCUUUUCGGCGAUUGAUAAUGUGCAUUUGAUAAGGAAGAUUGACGAAUCACAUGCCAUAUGCCACCUCUGCAAUCUCCACAUAGCUCCAUUCGCUGUCGAAGACCACAUAUUAAAGGACGCCAGGCACACUACAGCUCUCACGGAAGCAUUAGAACUAGGAAAAGACUUUAUAGAAACCAAAGAUCACUUGAAAAUCAUGAUUUACUUGCCAUCGGCACCGAAAGUAAAUGUUUUCAAACCUAACCAAAACAGAUGGCUGAUUGGUAUACCUAAGCAACCAAAAAAUACGCUUUUUGGGAGUGCUCAAGCUUUUGGGAAUGCUCAGAAUGGAUUUGGCACUGCUAAUGCUUUUGGUCAAACUCAAGGUAGUUUUGGAAUUUCAAAUGCUGGUUUUAGUAGUAAUAAUGCUCAAGCCACGGGUUUUGGAACCGUUGGGGUUGCUAGUGUCCAAAAUUCAGGUUUUGGUAAUGCUCAAAAUACUUUUGGUUCUGCUCAAAAUGCUAAUUUUGGUAGCACUCAGCCAAGCUUUGGUUCUAAUCAGAAUAAAAGUAGUCUUUUUGGCGCUACUCAGAACACGGGUUUUGGCAACGCUCAAAACGCUACUAGUUUUGGCGCACCAUAUAAUAAUGCGACUGGUUUUGGCACAAACAACGGUUUUAGCGUAGCACAAAACAACGCAAGUUUUGGCGCACCACAGAACAACACAAGGUUUGGCGCAACACAGAAUUCUAGUUUUGGCGUAGUUCAGAAUAAGGGUAGUGUGUUUGGCGCUCAGAAUACAUCGAAUAACAGCGCAAGUGGCGUAGCUCAGAACCAAGGUAGUGUUUUUGCCGGACAGAAAGCUCCUAACAACAGCGUAUUUGGCGUAGCCCAGACUCAGAAUAACGCUACAGGUUUUGUCGUAGCUCAGAACCAAGGUAGUGUUUUUGGCGCACAGAAAACUUAUGACAGUUACCACGGCGUAUUUGGCGUAGCUCAGACUCAGAAUAACGCUACAGGUUUUGGCGUUGCUCAGACUAACGCUACCAGUUCUGGCGUAGCUCAAAAUAGUACGGGUUUUGGUGUAUCUCCUGAUAACGCUACAAGUAUUAAAACUACUUAUAGCAGUCCCGCGGAACAGAUAAAAAAUUUAAGUACUGACACAACACGGAAUAACCCUACAGAUGUGAACGUUGCGCAAAAUAAACCUAUUAUUGGCGCACGAAAUUCUGAUUCUGGCGCAAACCAAAAUAAACGCGAUUUUGGCGCAACGGCUGUAGCUUCUGAUUUUGGCGCAGUUCAAAAGGCCAUUGGUCAUAUUUUUGACAACACACACACUUCUGCCCAAAAACAAGAAUUGGAGAAAAGCGUAGAGAAAAAACAGUCUAGUUUCGGUUCAAACCUGACCCAAAAUGUGAGUUCGGGUUUUAAAAAUAUCCAAAAUCAAUCUGGUAAAAGUUUACAUGAUAAAAAUAGGAAUAUUGAUAAGAAACAGAUGAAAACUGACGGUAAAAUGCAGAGAAUAAAGCGUUCUCCUCCGAGAAGAUUCAAUUAUUCUUCUUCAUCGUCUUCUGAUACUGAGUAAGGUGUAUUGAGAAGAAUUUACAAAAAAUUGUGUUAACCCUUAAAUGCAUGAUUUUUUUAACGAGAUAUUAAUAUAUGUGAUAGACAAUGGUUUUCUGACUCUGGGAAAAAUAAUAAAAAAAAUAUUUAAGAUCGAUUAUUAUACCUAA